AUGCUUGGUAUCUAUCUACCAAUAUUUGGUCAAUACCUAUCUAUUUCCCCCCCCUCUCUCUCUCUCUCUCUCUCUCUCGAGCUUUCUGUUUCGACAAUAUCUGUUUUUUCUUUCUCACUUUCUAUGAUUAUUCAAAAGCUAUUAUUUAUCUAUAUAUCUAUCUAUCUAGGCUUUUGUCCAUAUCUAUCUAUCUAUCUAUCUAUCUAUCUAUCGAUGUAUAUCUGUUUUGUCAGUAUCUGUUCCAUUGGAAAAACGAAACUCUCUUACUUCCUGGGUUCACAAUCGGAUCUACAAAGCCCAGCACACAUUUCUGAAAUCCCAGAUAUACUAUUUGUUUUUUGUCCAUAUCUAUCUAUCUAUCUAUCUAUCUAUCUAUCUAUCUAUCUAUCUAUCGAUGUAUAUCUGUUUUGUCAGUAUCUGUGUAUGCAUAUUUGGUCAAUAUCUACGUAUCUAUUUAUUUAUCCAUCAGUUGUUUUUAUCUAUCUCAGAUUUUUCAUAUUUCUUUGUCUUUCAGUCCAAUGGAAAAAGGAAUAUCCCUGA